AUGGCGCCUGCCCAGCCUGCGCCGCCGCUGGCGAAGAAGGGCAAGGCGAAGAAGUCUGCGGAUCCGUCCGAGCAGCAGAAGCAGAUCCAGGCCAAGAUUGCCCAGUUGGAGCAGGAUGCCGCUGGUGACAAGGAGCAGGAGCUUGAAAUCGGUGCGUUUAUCCUCCAUACAAUUCCUCUGGAAGAGUGGGACCGUGCACAGCGUUGGGAGUCCAAGGUCAUUGCAUCAGCGCGCGUUCGGCGUAUCAUUACUGACGAACUCCCAGAGCGAGAAGUCAAAAAGGCAAAUCGAGAGCUGUCUUCGCUCCUUAAUAGCAUGGAUGGCCCGCUGACCCGUGUCGAGGUGGUCCAGAAACGCUAUACGGAGUUACUCUCGGAGAUGAAGCGAACUGAGCGGGAACACCAAAAGUCUAAGAAGCGUGGUGAUCAACUUCAGAAGGAGAAGGAUGCGCAGAGGUCGGAGCUCAACAAAGUCACUACCAUGAAGGACAAGCUGGAUAAGCUGUCCCGCGACUUUGCCAAGGAAAACAAGAAGCUGAAGGAUGAGUUGCAUAAGAUGGAGUCAACCGAGUCGGCCGCACGGGAAGAGUUGCACCACCGUCUUGAGGAGCUUGUCUACGACGUCGAUAGCUGUAUCGCCCAGCAGCAUCAGCCCGAGCCGCAAAACCAAGCAGACGUUGAACUUGACGAACUGUUUCGGCAAAAAUUCAAAUCUUUCAUCGACCAGUACGAGUUACGCGAGCUGCAAUUCCAUUCCCUUCUACGGACCAAAGAACUCGAGAUACAGUACCAGAUGGCCCGGCUUGAACAACAACGCAAACAACAGGAAGCAGAAUCAUCCAAAUCGCACCAGCUCACCAGACAAGUGUCUACAUUUUCGCAAACCGAAACAGAACUACGCACCCAGCUGAACAUUUACGUGGAAAAGUUCAAGCAGGUCGAAGAAACACUCAACAAUUCGAAUGACUUGUUCCUCACAUUUCGCAAAGAAAUGGAGGAAAUGUCAAAAAAGACCAAGCGCCUCGAGAAAGAGAAUCAAAAUCUACAACGGAAUAAAGAGGUGACCAAUCGCAACAUCGCUGAGAUGGUGCAAGAACGUGAGAAGAUGCAGGAUGAUCUGGCAAGGAAGACGAAGGAGGUGGAAGAGCAGCGCAAGAAGAUUGCUCGCCUGGAGACACUUUGUAGAGGUAUGCAAGCACAGGGACGAGGUCAAGUUCCUAUGACCGAGCUUGAAGAGGAUGAGGAAGUGACUGAGAGCGAAUACGAAUACGAGGACGAUGAUGAGGAAGGCAGCGAGCAAUAUGACGACGAUACCGAGGACGAUGCUAUAGAGCCUGUACCAGAACGUCGACCGUUCGGUCCCGUACCUCCGCCUCCACCUCCACCUCAGAAUCCCGCAAACACAAAAGUCAACGGUCACAGACAGGCCAAUGGCCAAAUCAAUGGAGUCAAGCGCUAA